AGUCAAGUCAACUCUCUCACAAAUAUCACCUUCCACGAAACCAACCCUUAUUCUUUCCACUUAAAUUACACACACCAUUCAUUCUAUUCAAUUCCAUUCAUGCCUUUUUUUGCUUUCCCUCAAUCAUUUCACACUUUUUCUUUGCUUUUAUGGAUCACGUCACCGAAGCCCUCCUGGCUGCCAUCGGCAGCUUCAUCAUCGUCACAUUCAUAUUCGCCGCCAUCAUACUCGUCUGUCAGCACCGCAAAAUCACCCAAUCCCGCCGUAAUAACCAGAUCCGAACCCGACCACUUCGAAACCCAAAUCACUACCCUACCAGCUCAAACUCCCUCCCAGUUGACGCCAGCUGGUCCGAAGACCCCAAUCUCAAGAUCUCCAUGGAAGAACUCUCCCGCGCCACCAAUGACUUCUCCCCCAACCACAUCGUCGGUGACGGCAGCUUCGGUCUCGUCUACAAAGCUCGUCUCUCCAACGGCGCCGUCGUCGCCGUGAAAAAACUAUCCGCCGACGCCUUCCAAGGCUUUCGCGAAUUCGCGGCGGAGAUGGAAACCCUAAGCAAGCUUCGUCACCAAAACAUAGUCAAGAUCCGCGGUUACUGGGCCUCAGGAGCUGAACGGUUACUCGUUUACGAGUUCAUCGAAAAAGGAAACCUAGAUCAAUGGCUUCACGAACCUUCUCCCCCUACUCCCCCAAACAACGACGUUUCAUCUUCAACAGAUCUAAUUCGUUCUCCUUUGUCUUGGGAAACAAGAGUCAACAUCAUGCGUGGUGUGGCCCAUGGGCUUUGCUAUUUACACGGGCUAGAAAAGCCCAUUAUUCAUCGUGACAUCAAAGCUAGCAAUGUGUUGUUGGACUCUGAUUUUCAGGCCUAUAUAGCUGAUUUCGGGCUCGCACGUAGGAUGGAUAAAUCACAUUCGCACGUGUCAACGCAGGUGGCGGGUACUACAGGUUACAUGCCUCCAGAGUAUUGGCAAGGGUCUAAUGUAGCAUACCCGAAAGUGGAUGUAUAUAGUUUUGGAGUGUUGAUGAUUGAAACUAUGGCGGGCCAUAGGCCCAAUUUGUCUAUCAAAUUGGAAGGAACAGAUAUUGGGCUUGUUAAUUGGGCCAGGAAGAUGAAGGAAAGGAACACUGAAAUGGAGAUGCUGGACGUAAAUAUUCCAAGAGAAGAAGAAAAUUUGAAGGAGGAGAGUGUUAAAGAGUAUGUACACAUUGCUUGUAUGUGCACUAAUGAUUUACAGAAAGAUAGGCCCCAAAUGGCAGAGGUUGUCAAAUUAUUGGAUUCAAUGCCCUUAUAAACAAUCCAAUCCUACUUGCCAUAGUAUGAAGCAUGUUUUAUUUGAGAAUUGAUCAUCAUAUUCAUGUAAAUAGAUACCUACAAUCAGGCCAAUCAAAUACUAUGGCAAAUAGGUUGGAUUGAUGUAAUUAAAUUGUAUUGCUACAAAAUUAAUUAGAUUAGUUUUGAUUUGGUUGAUAAAUGUUAUCCAUAAGUGAAGCACAUUUAUUGUUGUUGUAAUUUUUGCGGUAGGUUUAUAGUAUUAAGUUUUAUUCUAAAUAUAUUCGACCUUUAAUGUGCAUCUUAUCAAAUACAGAUAUUUUUGUUUUGUUUUUAAAAGCUUGGCUACAAAAUUGAACAUUCACUUUUGCAUCUCCUCUAUGUCUAGACUAGAGUCUGUCCUCUAUUUAUCUCAUGGAAAUUUCAUAUUGAUGAAGUCUAUAUUGUGUGACGUGUCAUGGUAUCAAUCACAUAGUCACUUUUUUAAGACAAGUCCCACAUCGAAUUAUCUAAAAAGAUUGUAAAGAUUUAUAUUACAGAAAUGAGGAAGUUGCAGCACCGGGCAUGGUAACGCGUGCCUGUGACCCAAGUGGGGGUAAUAAAGUGUAGGAAAUUGUCCAUGAUUGGAUUGAGCGGGAGGCCAGUUUGAUCGAUGCAGCGUUUGAAGGGAGAGCCCUAAGAUGGUUUUGAAACAAUUCGGACCGUGAACUUAGGGUGGUGACCUGGAAGUAGUUUCAGGUUAACGCUGGCUUUAUAGAGCAGCGCUCUCAAUAAGUGGAGGUGAUUCCAGUUGAUAUCGGCCAACACGGGUCUCUCUCCCAAACCCUUCAAUGGAUUAUUACCUACAUUUU